AUGCCACGCAUUCUCUUGCUGUGCUUUGUGCACGGCUUCAAGGGCGGCGGCAACACCUUUCGCAGCUUUCCUGAUGACCUCAAAUCCACCGUCGCCGGCAUCCUGCCGGACCACGACCGCGUGGAGACGGUCGUGUACCCGCGCUACGAGACCAAGGGCGAGCUCGCAGAGGCCAGCCAGCAGUUUCUGGAGUGGCUCAAGGCGCGCGUGAUGGACGUCCGAAAACAGCACCUGGACACGCCGUGGCCGCCCAAUGACCGCCAGGUGGGCGUCGUGCUUGUCGCACACUCCAUGGGCGGGUUCGUUGCGGCCGACGCGCUGUUCCUGGCGCUUGACGAGCGCCGGGCGGCCGAGCAAGAGACUGGGGCGGCCGACAACACGACGGCGCUCUUCCCGCCCAUCCAGGGCCUCCUGGCGCUCGACACGCCCUACAACGGCCUGUCGCGGUCCAUGUUCGUCUACGGCGCGUUCUCCAACUACAGCAAGGUGCAGACCGUGUUCAAUGUGAUGACGGCGCUGUCUGCAGGGCCCGUCGCCCUGGGACGGUUGGCCAUGGGGCGUGCUGCCAAGCCGUCGAGCAGUGGUGGUGGUGGUGGCGGGAGUGCUGCGCGUGGCGCCGCCAGCGCCGGCUGGAAGGUCUGGCAGCUCGUGGCUGUGCGCUCCGGCACGGUCGGCGCCAUUGCGGCCGGCGGCGUCGCGGCCUACACACACCGCAAGGCCAUUAUGGCUGGCGUGGAAAAGGUGCGCCGCAUGGACCGGCAGAGCCUGCGCGAGGGCUGCCAGUCGGGCGUCGACGCCAUCGGCCAGGGCCUGGCGUACAUCAACCGGCGCAACGUGGGCGAGUCGUUUGCGUGGUUGUCAGCGCACUUUACGUUUGUGGGCGCGCUCCUGAAGCAGGCCGAAUUGAACCGGCGGCUGCAACGACUGGGCGGAUUGCAGGGCGGCAUCGGCGUGCACGAUUUGUAUGUGUCGUUGGGGGCCAACGGCUACUGGAGCGGCGGGUAUUUUGUCCCGGAGCGGACGUUCUGUGCAGUGCCAGAAGACAAACAAAAAGAAAAGAAGGAAAAGGAGAAGGAAAAGGAGAAACAGAAAGAGAACGAGAAAGACGGGACAGACGCCGAGAAAGACAAAGAUGACAACAAGGAAGCUGUCGACGAAGCAGCGAAGACGAACCAAGAGGAGAAGGAAGACACGACCGACAAUGGCCAAACCCAGCCAGACAACAGUGAAACCGAAACGACGGCCAUUUCUUCCAUGUUCGAGCGCUGGACUAUGUCGACGUGCGAAGACGAGGUGCAGGCGCACAUCAGCCUUUUCAAGCGCGACAAAAACCCCCACUACGAUGCCUUCACCGGCCGUGCUGCCGUGCUUGUUGCCAGCUGGUUCAGCAACGACAACCCCAUUGUGGACACGCUGGGCCCUAUGCUAGCUGAAGAGGCGGCCGAAGCCGACAAGGAUGCGACGGAAGAGGAUUCUAUCCGGGUGACGGACGAGGGCGUUGAGAUUGUGGAGGGAAGCAGCAAGUCGGGGCUGGCGGCAGCAGCCGAGGCCGCCCGCAACGAAGGCGACGACGAUGUGGCUGGCGGAUCGACGGACGACAAUCAGAAUGACACCGAAAAGGGCCUGCCGGACGAGUCACCCAUCGACAUUGCUGCCACGGCGUCAUUGAUGCGCGGUGGCGAGGGCGAGGAGAACGAGGCCAAGGGCAGCAAUACUGCUUCAGCCAUUGUGAUUGACGACGACGACGACGACGACGACGACGAUCUUGUCGGCCCGGGCUCUACAGCAGCAGCCGCAGACAUGCCGCCCGAAGACCGCGCCACCUACCUGCGGCAUCUCCUGUCGGUUGCCCAGAAUGCCGGCACAGGCCUCAAGCGUGUGUCCGGCUGGUCGUCGCAGCUGCCGGCCAAGAUGCCGCGCAUUGACGGCCUGUCGCGGUCUUCGAUUCCCUCCAUGUCCUCCAUGGCUAUGCCCACCAUGUCUUCCAUGUCCAGCAUGUCGAAGUCUGCGUCGACCUUCAUUCCGGGCACGUCCAUAUUCUCACGGUCUAAGAAGGGCGAUGGGGCGUCGUCGGCUUCGUCAGUCUCGGAGAAGGAGGGCGCCAAAAAGGAAGACGAGACGGAGACGGCAAGCGAGCCAGUAUCGGGCAACACUACAGACGAUGUAACACUCGAUGCCACCCGACCCGACGCCACAUCGGCGAGGGCCGAGGACAAAGAGAUGGCAUAA